AAGGCGGGGGAGGGCUGAGUCCCCAAAAUCAAGAAAACUUUUUACGAAGGAGUCAUAAGUAUUUUCUACCACUCCGCCUCUUUUAUCCCUGUGAUGAGAUGGCGCGAAAGUUUCUCCAGCACGAUGGAUGGCGCUAAUGUAAAUCGUGCUUGGAAGUCAACAUAGUUUUGUUUGGAUUGAGAAUUUUCAGAAAUGAAGCGGUCGGCAGCACCUUCUGUGGCUCUCGAGCACUCGAUCAAAUCUACGAAGAUAGGAAAAUUUGCAACGCCAUUUAAAGACGCUACAAUCACUGCAACUGGGAGUUGUAGGGCUGGUGAUAAGGAGAAUGUGCAAAUUGGCGAUUCCGUAAAACUCUUUUAUGAUAGCAAAAGCCAAGAUGUUCAGACUGCCAUCUCUAAUGAAGAUGUUAAAAGAUAUUUCAAUGUCGUCUGGUGCAAGGCAUCAAGGAAGAAACACAAGACCUGGGACAAUGAUGGUAUCCUUAUUGUGAAUGGCAGAUUUGCUACAUUGAAAGACUUGGAGGGCAAGGACAUUGGACGAACUUCAGGCUUGAAGUCAUCAGAACUUGAGUCCCUGUGUGAAGGCUCCGCCUUGUCUAUUGGUGGCAAAGAUGUAGAGAUUUUGAACGAAUUAUCGGAGGAUUCUUAUAAAAGUGGGCGAUGUUUCAGCCAAACAAUUGAAGAAACCAAUUUGCCUGCCGGAAAAACGAUGCUGACCUACAAUGCACCAUUUUCUCUUCCCCACCCUGCACUUCCUCGAAGUUCUUGCUUAUCUAAGUUAGCUAAGCCGAAAACCAUUAGACCAAGACACAACCCUGAAGCAGAUGGUGCUGUAGUACUACCCAGGCCUAAUUCUAACCUUCAGUGGAAGCAAAAUAAGCAGGGCUGUCCUAUAGUGGAUGUAGUAGUUGACCCAGUCAUAUCAUCGCACUUACGUCCACAUCAAAAGGAUGGCGUCAUAUUCUUGUACAAAUGCAUUAUGGGAAUGGGAGAAUUCAAUGGCAAUGGAGCCAUUCUUGCCGAUGAAAUGGGUCUUGGUAAGACCCUCCAAUGCAUUUCCUUAAUAUGGACGCUGCUGAAGCAAGGUCCGUAUUCCUCGAAACCGGUAAUUAAAAGAGCUUUGGUGGUCACGCCAGGAAGUCUUGUGAAGAACUGGUACACAGAAUUUAAAAAGUGGCUUGGAAGUGAGAGGGUCAGAGUGCUUGCUGUAAGCUCUGCAAAACAUAUAGAGGAAUUUGGGAAGUCACUAAUUCACCCAGUGAUGGUUGUGAGUUACGAAAUGCUGCUUCGCUACAUAUCAAAAGUAAAAUGCUUUGGAUUCGAUCUGUUAGUUUGUGAUGAAGCACACAGACUGAAGAAUUUCAGUAUUAAGACGUCAGCGGCGAUAACCAGUCUUUGUAUUGAGCGUAUUAUUUUGCUGACGGGGACGCCAAUUCAGAAUGAUCUAAAGGAGUUCUUCACUCUGGCGCAGCUUUGCAAUCCAGGAAUAUUUGGUACCUCAUCAUCAUUUCGUCAAGUGUUUGAAAAUCCAAUCAACAAAAGUCAACAACCAAACUGCUCGGUUGAUGAUGAUGAGCUUGGCAAACAGAGAGCUGCUGAGCUCAAGAGGUUAGCUGCUUCAUUUGUGUUGCGAAGAACGGCAGAAAUCAACAGCAGUUAUCUCCCAGCUAAAGUUGAGCUUGUUGUGUUUUGUAAUACAUCAUCACUACAAAAGAGACUUUAUCAAGCUGCGAUAAGGUCAAGAAUGGUUCGCUCCUGCUUGUCGUCAUAUUACAGAGGUUCACAGCAUCUUAUUUGUAUUUCGGCCUUGAAGAAGCUAUGCAAUCAUCCAGUUCUGCUUCUCAAUGCAACUAGGAAGAACACCAACCCUGCAAGUCGUUAUAAAAGUGGGGAAGAUGAGGACGAUAUUCUUCUUGAAGACGAGGACUGUCUUUAUGAUGAUCUCUACACUGUAUUUCCAAAUGCUUACGAAAGCUGCUAUGAAGCAGCAGAUUCUGGAAAGCUAAAAGUCUUAGACCGUCUGCUAUGUGCAUUUAAAGACCAGCACGAAAAAGUUGUCAUCGUUUCGAAUUCUACCAAGACUUUGGAUGUUAUUGAGUCGCUCCUGAAAACAAAGGCCCAAACAUACUUACGGUUAGAUGGACAAACAUCGAUGAGUGACCGGAUGAAACUAGUUGAUCGCUUUAACAGUAAUUUUUCUGAUAUUGACGUCUUCAUGCUUAGCUCCAAAGCCGGUGGAACAGGUUUGAAUUUGAUUGGAGCAUCAAGACUGGUAUUGUAUGACAUUGAUUGGAACCCUGCCAAUGAUCUUCAGGCGAUGGCUAGGAUAUGGCGCGAUGGGCAGAAGAAGAAAGUCCAUAUUUACCGACUUCUUACUACUGGGACUAUUGAAGAGAAAAUCUUUCAACGUCAAGUGAAAAAGCAAAGUUUGAGUGGAUCGGUUGUUGAUUCAGGUUCCAGCAAAGCUAAUUUUUCUCACGAAGACAUUAAGGAUCUGUUUACUUUCCAUGAAUCAACAACUUGCAGCACCCAUGAGCUUUUGAGCUGCAAUUGCCGAUAUUUGGAGUACGAGGUGCCCGUAGAAUCGACAACGGCCGAAACUACACGAUCAAGUCAGCUUGGAAUCAAUCCAAAAAAGACUGAAAAAAAACAAAGUUCAAUGGCUGAGUUAAUGUCUUGGACGCAUAUCGAGCCACCUUGCACAGAAAAGUUGAAGGACCAAGUUCUGGCAAGCUGUCUACAAGAUGUUAGUUUCAUUUUCCAAUACGAAUCAAAAGAAUGUAACUAAAGCUUUAUGCGUGUUGCAACCAAAAACUUUCCGUGUGUUUAAUUAAUUUAUUAUAAAAAUUAUAAAUAUUAUAAAAUUUUGCAAGAAAAUGUUUGUCUUUUUUUCGAUACUGCUAGAGCUCUUGAUGUAAAUUACUAAGGGACCAUCAUCGGUCAUCAAAUCUAGCAGACAGAAAAUAACCGAGAUGGGAAAUAUGCGAGUUUUACUGUAAAUUAUAUUUACAAUUACACUCUUUUUUAUAAGAACCAGUAAAUUUAAGUUCAGGCUGACUGUUCUUAAUUUUUUCGAAAAUCUGAGGCUGGAUUGUUCUUAAUCUGUUCUUAAAUUAAGAGGGUGUAAGCAAUGCUAUUGUUAGGUUUUUCGCUCUAAGGAGGUGUUCAGGCCUCAUUUGCCAACAAAGUGAGUGAGACAGCCUUAAUUUGCUGACAAAUUUGAAUAUUCACCGAAAAAGCACCCACUCAUCGCUAAAAUCCUCGAUUUUGAGAAAAAACGUUGUUCAAAAUUGCAUUUUGCAGAAGCUCAGGC